AGGCUGCGCGCCGCCGCGAGUUCCCACGGUGCUGAGGGAGCCGCCGCCGCCGCCGCGUCGAUCGCCCGCCGCAGGUUUCUGCCGUUGAACUCCCAGGCACAGAAUGAUCUGGAAAGCAGCUGUGUUGCUUGGCUUGGUCCUGGGAACUCGUGCUGUUCCCAUAGACGAUCCCGAGGAUGGAGGCAAGCACUGGGUGGUGAUCGUCGCGGGCUCAAAUGGCUGGUAUAAUUAUAGGCACCAGGCAGAUGCGUGUCACGCCUACCAGAUCAUUCACCGAAAUGGGAUUCCCGACGAGCAGAUCAUCGUGAUGAUGUAUGAUGACAUUGCCAACUCUGAAGACAAUCCCACUCCAGGUAUCGUGAUCAACAGGCCCAAUGGCACGGACGUCUACAAGGGCGUCCCGAAGGACUACACCGGAGAGGAUGUUACCCCCGAGAAUUUCCUUGCUGUGUUGAGAGGCGACGCAAAAGCAGUAGAAGGCAAAGGGUCUGGAAAAGUCCUGAAGAGCGGCCCCCGGGAUCACGUGUUUGUUUACUUCACUGAUCACGGAUCUACUGGAAUACUGGUUUUUCCUAAUGAUGAUCUUCACGUAAAGAACCUGAGUGACACCAUCCAUUACAUGUAUAAGCACAAAAUGUACCAGAAGAUGGUGUUCUACAUCGAAGCCUGCGAGUCUGGGUCCAUGAUGAACCACCUGCCCGAUGACAUCAACGUUUAUGCAACUACUGCUGCCAACCCCAGGGAGUCAUCCUACGCCUGUUACUACGAUGAAGCCAGGUCCACGUACCUGGGGGACUGGUAUAGCGUCAACUGGAUGGAAGACUCGGACGUGGAGGACCUGACUAAAGAGACCCUUCACAAGCAGUACCACCUGGUGAAAUCCCACACCAACACCAGCCACGUCAUGCAAUAUGGAAACAAAUCGAUCGCCGCCAUGAAAGUGAUGCAGUUUCAGGGUGUGAAACACAAAGCCAGUUCUCCUGUCUCCCUGCCUCCAGUCACACGUCUCGACCUCACUCCUAGCCCCGAUGUGCCCCUCGAGAUCAUGAAAAGGAAACUGAUGAGGACCAAUGAUCUGCAGGAGUCCCGGCAGCUUGUCAAGGAGAUCCAAAUGCAUCUGAACGUUAGGCAGCUCAUUCAGGAGUCGGUGCGCAAGAUCGUGUCCUUGCUGGCAGCGUCCGAGGCCGAGGUGGAGAGGCUUCUGUCCCAGAGGGCCCCGCUCACGGGGCACGGCUGCUACCCCGAGGCGCUGGUGCACUUCCGCACGCGCUGCUUCAACUGGCACUCCUCCACGUAUGAGUAUGCUCUGAGACAUCUGUACGUGCUGGUCAACCUUUGUGAAAAGCCGUAUCCACUGCACAGGAUAAAAUCGUCCAUGGACAAUGUGUGCCUUGGUCACUACUGAAGAGCUGCCUUCUGAGUGCUUUUCCAAGUGUGAACACCUUCCCUCGAAUGUGUACUGAUCCGAGACUGAAGAGGUGGCAGAGAGGGGAGCCCCCACUGCUCCGGCCCGGGGAAGGCCGCCUGCCGCUCGGGGCUCACUCCGGGCCUUUCUUUUGAGGGUGACUUGUUUGCUUUUGCCCGCUUCCCCAGUCUUCUCGGAAAAAACUACAAGUAGGGGUGGGUAAAGCUGUGUUGAGAGAGAACGGUAAUAUUUGCUUUUUUAGGAGGUUUUGGCCCAUUAGUUUUUAAAAGCAAGAAAUUGAUGGAGGGUUCUGUAGCCCCUCUCAGAAAGCAUCUUUUUUGGGAGAAAUUUGAAGCUGAAACCUCUUUAAGUCUUCAGAAUAAUUUUCUUGAAGAGGGCUAUAAGCCCCAAAUGGAAAACUAUUUUUGAUUGCUUUUGUAUUUUAUUCUGCAAUUGUGUUCACGUCUUAAAAAAAAUAAAGGUUUGUAACUGAAUCUGGGUAUUAA